UAAUCCAAAUCAUGUGACAAAGACCCGGAAGAGCAAAUCAUUCAAGAUGUCGCAGCACGGAAUUAUGAGCGAUUGAGUUCCUCUCAUUUUUUGUUCUUUUUUGUCCAUGAAUAAAAAUACACAAUGCAAAAUUACGACAAGACAGAUGUCGGCUCCGUUCCCGGAACCGCGCCUGAUUUCAGAGGGAAUGACGGUUCUCUUGUCUCUGUGCUCAAGACACUAUUGUUUUUCACUAUUCUGAUGAUAACUCUCCCCAUCGGACUGUAUUUUACAUCAAAGUCUUUUCUCUUUGAAGGCUCUCUGGGUUACUCCAGCAAUGACAGCUAUUUCUAUGCUGCCAUCGUUGCUGUGCUUGCCGUCCACGUGGUUCUGGCGCUCUUUGUUUACGUUGCAUGGAAUGAAGGAUCACGCCAAUGGAGAGAGGGAAAACAGGAUUAACCUAAACUGGAAGCAGCAGGGAGAGAUGGAAACGCGCACAUGUCUUAUUCCAUCAUGAACCAGAAUAUCAUAAUGGAGUGACACCCUCUGUGUGUGUGUGUUUAAUUUUCUCCUGAAUGUCUCAGCCUUUCAGAGAGAAGAUGCCUGAUUACUUCUUCAUCUCAUGUUAUGGUCGAGGUCAUCUUUUGGUCUGGCUGGAGAUUGUGUCAGGUUUUAAAUGUAAUCUGUGUUUUUGUGCAGGGAUAAUAAAAGACUGUAGAGAAGACAAACUGUUCUCAUGAAAAUGCGUUGUUCAUGCAGUGUCAUUAUCUGCCCCCAUUUCAGCCUAGCCAAUAAAUUAAAUCUGUUGAUUCAGAACUGGAUUCAAGCUGUUGUUCUGCAUGAUUUCAGUGUCUUCCCUUGUAUUGUUUUUUUACACAAACACCAUGUAGACAGUUGGUGAGUUAAAGUUAAAACUAGUGUGUGUCUGUGUAAUUAAGUUAAAAUAAAUUCCAAGGUCAUUUCAUGUUUUAUUUAUCAAUUAAAGCUGUUCUUUGGAACUCUCAUUUUCUCAGUUCUUGCUGGAAAUUCACACUCUUGAAGCCCAAAGAGUAUUAUAUAACAUUUUAUAAUUUAUACGUUUUGUAUAAAAUGACAGAUGUUGAGUGGGAUAAUAGUUAAUAUGUUCUUUGUUCUGUAUUUUGGAUCAGUGUAGCCAACAAAUCAAUACUCUUUAUCACAGCAUUAAUCAGAAUUGCCUGUAAUAUCUAUUAAUGAAUCACAUAAAUAUUUGAUGAUAACAAGGGAAUCAAAAUUUAAUAAACUGAAUCCUGAACCCUUC